AGUAGGAUAUAAUAUUCUUAGAUGUUUAAUUUUAUGGCCUGUUUGUAUUUUUUUAAUGUACUCAAUUUCCGUACAUCUUUUAGGGUUUUAUGGAGUUCAAAUAAGUUGUUGUUUUACAGUCCAAAUUUCAGGUUAAUUAUAGAAAUGUAGGUGAUAUUCUUCCUAAUUUUGGGUGAAUUACCACACUGCUGACUGUUGAUAUUGUUUAUAGUCCUAAUUCUUGUAUCACAUGAUUAUCUAGAGGGCUUAUUGCAUUGUAUUGCACCAAAUUAGACGCUGUCGGGUUGGGCCUAGUGGUAGGAGACUUGGGUUUUCCAAUGGAGACUCAAGUUCAAUUCCCACUUGUGUCAUAUUGGGGUGGAUAUUGGGCAAUGAUGGUGACAACCCCACCGAGGGGGGUUUGAUUUUCAUCCGGCUGUUACUUCAGCAAGGCUUCUCGUGUGGAGGCAGUACGGUUUUCGGGGGAACGCCGUAACCAAGUCUGACCAACCCAGCGCGGGCCCGGUUAAGACAACGUAGUCUGGCAGAUCUUGGCUAGGGCUGCCGUUUAGGCGGUGUGACAUUGGGUCACUCAAAAAAGAAAGUCACCGUUCAAAAAAAUAAAAAAGUAAAUUGGUCAGGGAUAAAUUAAAUGAGUUUAAACAAGUCACAAGUUGGUGAACUUGGGGCCAAAUUUGGCGAGUUGGUUAAAUUAGUUAAGUUUCCUAAUUGUGUUAAAAUUAAUUAGUAUGGUGAUGUCCUGGCUAGUAGGUUAGGGUUAGUAUAAAUAAACCAAGUUAGGGUUUCACAUUCUUAAGAGAUAAACCGAGGUAUCGUUUCAGGGUCAUUCCAACCUUUUUGGAGGCCCAAGGCAAAAUGAAAUUUUGGGGCCCUUUUUCCUUUUUUGAUUAUUAUACGCGGUACUCCUUUAUCCGUAUUUGGAUCCAAGCAAAAAUCUAAUUAUAACACAGAGUGGUUUGCUUGUAUAAGAAAUCAAACAAAUCUAAAACAAUAAAUUUGCACUAAUAUUAUAGUUAGCAUAUAAAUUUUCUUUUAGUUGGAGGCCCUAGGCCCUGUGACUUAUACUAUAGGUCCGGCCCUGUAUGGUUUAAGAGUCUAUAAAAUAAGUUUUUUAGUUAUAUUUUCUGAUCAAUAAGAUUGAGAGUUAUUAUUCAAUCCAAAUUCUUCGUGUGUUAUUUGUUUUGUUUGUUGGCGGAGACUUGAAAAAUAACAUUCAUCUUUUGUUCCAAUGGUCACAGUGGCGGACCUACCCUUUGGCCAGAGUGGGCGGCCGCACCCCUUGAAAAUAAAAAUUUAGUGUAUAUUUUAGGCAAAAAAACCCGACCGCACCCCUUGAAAAUAUGGUUGAACACCUCAUCCGCACCCCCAGCAAAUAAUUUCUGGGUCCGUCAUUGCCAAUGGAGUGAACCAUUUCAUUUCUUCUAUGAUUAUUCCUACAUGCCAGCUACCUUAGAGCUGAAAAGAACAUGAGACAAAGUUAUAUUUAUUAGAAUGUGAAGAUGAGGUCUAGAGAAGAUGAGACGAGCAUGUAUGUUCUGCUCGAAACUAAGGGAGAAGAUAGUGUGUUGUACACUAAAGAUGGAACCGUGGAUUACCUCAACAAUCCGGCUAACAAGUUAAAAACAGGAAAUUGGAAAGCCUGCUUCUUCAUAGUAGCAACCGCGAGUCUUGAAAGAUUAGCAUAUUAUGGGAUGAGUUCCAAUCUGUUGCUGUAUUUUACGGGUGAACUCGACCAGCACAGCGCUACGGCCUCAAGAAAUUUAUCUAAUUGGACCGGUGCAUGCUACAUCACUCCAUUGUUUGGAGCAUUUCUUGCGGAUGGCUAUAUUGGAAAAUAUUGGACUAUAGCUAGCUCUUCAAUUUUGUAUGCCAUUGGGAUGGCACUAUUAACGUUAUCAGCAUCCGCAUACGGAUUGUUGUCAAGUUUCUUCUCAACAGAUGUUUUUGAUGCAUCAGAGGCUCAGACCGUAAUGUGCUUCACAUCACUAUACUUAGUGGCACUAGCAAGUGGAGGAAUCAAGGCGUGCAUCUCAGCCUAUGGAGCAGACCAAUUUGACGACGAUGAUAAAACCGAGAAAAAGGUCAAAAGUUCAUUUUUUAACUGGUAUUACCAGAUGAUGAAUAUUGGCACUCUCAUCGCUCAUUCUUUGAUUGUUUGGGUACAAGAUUACGUGAGUUGGAUUUGGGGCUUUGGUAUACCUACUUUAGCCAUGACAGUGGGUGUAGUUUCGUUCUUCUCCGGUACUUGGUUUUAUAGGAACCAUAAGCCUGCGGGCAGCCCGUUGACCCGUUUGUUUCAAGUGGUGGUUGCUUCAGUAAGAAAGAGAAGAGUCAAUGUGCCAACAGAUGCAUUACUUUUGUAUGAGAUUGCUGAUGCUAAUUCAACUACCGUAAGAAGCCGCAAACUUAACCAUACCAGUAAUUUCAGCUUCUUUGACAAGGCGGCUGUGGAGACACCAUCCGAUCAUGCAAAAGGAUCAGUGAACCCAUGGACACUUUGCACAGUCACCCAAAUCGAAGAACUAAAAUCCGUGUUACGUUUGCUACCAAUCUGGGUCACAGGCAUUGUAUUCAGCAGUGUGCGCAGCCAAAUGGACAAUUUAUUCGUCUUACAAGGCUCCUUCAUGGACACUCAAGUUGGCAAAACUAGCUUCAAGAUCCCACCAGCAUCACUAGGUACUUUCGGCACCCUUAGUGUCAUAUUCUGGGUCCCAGUUUACGACCAGAUCAUUGUCCCACUAGCCCGAAAACUCACAGGCCACCCAAACGGGUUAACCCAACUCCAACGAAUUGGAACCGGACAUUUCAUUUCAAUAUUUUCAAUGUUAUCAGCUGGUAUCUUGGAAGUCAUUAGAUUAGAGAUUGUCAAAAGGCAUGGCUAUUAUGAAAUCAAACCCGUGCCCAUCUCAAUAUUUUGGCAGGUCCCGCAGUUUUUAAUCAUCGGGUGUGCAGAGGUCUUCACGCUUGUGGGUCAGAUGGAGUUCUUUUAUGAGCAAGUGCCCGGCUCAAUGAAGAGCUUGGGCUCAGCACUGCGGCUCACGACUAUUGCAUUGGGGAACUAUACAAGCUCGUUACUCGUGAGCAUUGUUAUAAAAGUGACAACUGAGGAUGGGGGACCCGGGUGGAUACCGGACAAUUUGAAUUAUGGGCAGUUACAGAAUUUCUUCUGGCUUUUGGCUGCUUUGAGUGGGGUAAAUCUAGCGAUUUUCGUGGUUGUUGCCAAGUGGCAUACGGGUCCUUUGGGAUGAUGAUUGAUUAUGUGAGGUUCUUGAUUAGAUAGGUCUGUUAGUGUUUAGUAUGAGAAUGUAGUGUAGUUGUUUAUAAGAAUCUUGUGAGCUUUAGUCUUGAGUCCUAGAAAAUUGGCAAUAAUUCUUGUACUACAUCGGAUGGCGAAGCAGCACUAACAGGCUUGUUCGUGUUCAUUUACCGAAUAAACGAAUGAACACGAAUACUUAAAUGAACGGAAUUCUUAUUCGUGUUCAUUUAUGGUGGUUUGUUAA